GCGCCCCGAGACAGGUCUUUGAUCUAGCGACCUAAGACUUUUGAUAUCGUCAUACGGUCAAUACGUCACAAUCACCCUGCACCUUCGCUGGUCUUGAGCGUAUCGCAUCGUCAAUACAACAUCACAGCUGUCCAUGAGGUAGCGUCCUCGCACAUGGAUUCAUGGACUCGGCGAUAGAAUCCCAGUUCCGACCGAACGGCGGCCUCAACGGCGGCACAAACGGCCAUGUUAAACCUUUGCACAAGGUCGCCACGGACGGGACCAUUCGAGGGUUAUUGUCGCGCCAGAACAACAAUGACACACGAGGCGGAUUGUUUGGAGACGAGGAGGAUGAAGAGGAAGAGACAGAGUCGCCAACCGAUUCGUCCGUGACAAGCCCGUCGUCAGUGACGUCGCCUCCGUACUGGCUCGGCCACCACCAGCGCUCUGUUUCCAAUAUGUCGGUCGAAUCAAUACUGCCUGCCGGCGCGAUUACAAUGCACGAUAACGAAGCGAGCGAUAUCAAUGGUCGAAACCGAGCCUGCUGGGCAAAGAGCGUCGAGAUCACCGAUUACGUCGUGGUGAACGGCAGCGCUACCAAUAUUGGGGCGUUUGUUGUAUGGAACAUAAGGGUCGAGACAUUGCAAGGGAGCUACAUGAACAUCCGCAAGCGAUACUCCGAGUUUGACGACCUUCGCGAAAAGUUGGUCAAGACGUUUCCCAAUUUCGAAGCAGCAGUACCACCUCUACCACCAAAGAGUGUGAUAUCCAAAUUUCGGCCCCGUUUCCUCGAUAAGAGGAGGGCGGGGCUACAAUAUUUCCUCAAUUGUAUAAUGUUGAAUCCCGAGUUUUCUGGGUCGCCAGUGCUCAAGGAGUUUCUCUUCUCGUAAUGAUAGUGUCUGAAUACCAAAAUUAACUUACUUCACCUUCUUGUACAUCUUUUUGGGGAUACAUCGGCUGAGCUGGACGCCGCUGGGUAUGUUGGGCUGCUUUCUCCCACAGGCGUCGAAAAGGCAA